AUGAGCAUUUUCAGAUUCGAUUUACUUGCAUUAGGCACAUGUUCUCACGUGGAACAUCAGAGGCGUAUCCUACACAGCAAGUACAAGGUUCCUGAACAGGAGGACAGUAGCCCAACACUAAAUCUGUCCAUUAUUCCAGUUACCCGAACAUGUUCUCCAAAAGAGACAAAUAAACCGUGCAAUCGGCUACGGGCUCAUUUGAAACAGCGAUGUCGCCUCACAUUUUGCGCGUGGCUGCGUAAAGGAGGAUAUUUAAACCUUGAAACAGCCCUAUCCUCGUGCGAGGAUAGCGGUAUCGAUUUACUUCCAGGUGGCAGACUGUUUGAUCUAAAGUAUGCAGAUGACAUUGUACUACUAAGUGAAGGUCCAGGUCGAGGCGUGAAGCUCUACUACAUUGGUGGCGAAGUGUUCGCCGAAUGCCUAAGUGAUAGCGCCAUAUUUGUCCAGUCCCCCAAUUGCAAUCACAUGUACAACUGGCAUUUGGCUACCGUGUGCAAAAUUCCCCCGGGCUGUAAUUUAAAGAUAUUUAACAAUCAAGAAUUCGCCAAUCUCCUAACAGAGAAUGUCACUCGUGGAUUCGAGGCGGUGUACUCAUUGACUAAUAUGUGCACCAUUCGAAUGAGCUUUGUCAAAGGAUGGGGUGCAGAUUACCGACGACAGACCGUCACAAGCACGCCGUGUUGGAUCGAGAUACAUUUGAACGGACCGCUUCAGUGGUUAGAUCGGGUCCUCAGCCAAAUGGGCUCCCCAGAUCAUCCGUGCACCUCAGUGAGCUGA